AUGUGGAAACAAAGCUACAAACGCAAGAAAUUAGACCAAAUUAUCUUUAAAGAUCUCAUGCCACCAAUAGACCCAAAUGCUUUAAAAACAUUUUCAAACAUUGCAUUCCAAUGUUUGCAUAACUCUCGUGAACAACGACCAACAAUAUCUCUUCUUUUGAAAAAGCUUAAGAUUGCACUUAAGUUUCAGGAGCGUCAAGAUAUGAAACUGAAUAAAGACAUCGGAACUUCUCGGAAAUCCAAUUACGUUGAUGAAAUGGGCUUACUUCUCUCCAAAGGCAAAGGGCUCUUUCGCAACACGAGCAAAAAGGAAAAGGAAGGAGCUAAAGGUAAAGAUGCCAAUGGUAGUGGUAGUGGUCGCAACCCUGCCAUAGUAGCUAACCGUAGAGAUGUUGGUGGUAGUGAUAGUGGUGGCAACUUUGUCAUAGUCGAGAAAGGGACGGCACCCUCACAGAUCGAUGAUGCCAGAAAGGCAGAAGGAAACUUUGUACGCAUUCAUGAUGGUAGAAUGGGUUUCACAUUAGAUGAACUUCUCUAUGGACCAGCUGAGAUAAUGGGGAAAAGCAUUUAUGGGACUUAUUAUAAAGGAACAUUGAAAAAUGGUGAUCAUGUUGCAGUAAUUAGAACGCGAGCAAUGUUAGCUAAAAAUCAGAGAGAAGCUGAAGUUGAAUUAAAUUUUGUUGGGCAAAUUAGGCAUCCGAAUCUUUUGGCAGUGAGGGCUUAUUUUUUGCAACCAAAAGGAGAGACACUUUUCGUCUAUGAUUACAUGCCUAAAGGAAGUCUUGCUGCUUUUCUCCAUGAACUUGCUUUUGCCGACUUGAAUGCAGCUCAAGGACCCAAACAACGGGUAGAUUGGGCAACAAGAAUGCAAAUAGCAAAAGGAGUGGCUAGAGGUUUGCUUAGCCUCCACAUCCAUCACAAUAUAACACAUGGAAAUCUAACAUCAAGCAACAUUUUCCUUGAUGAGAACAUUAACCCCAAGAUUUCUGCUUUCGGUUUGUCACAGGUCAUAACUGUUGCCGCAAACUCAAAUAUGAGUGCGACAGUUGGGGUUCUCGGCUACGAGGCUCCCAACCUUUCUAUUCUUGAGAAAAGUUAUACGAAAACCGAUGUCUACAGUUUGGGUGUGAUCAUGUUAGAACUCCUGACCGGGAAAUCACCAGGAGAGGUGAGAGAUCAUGAUUUAUCACGAUGGGUGCAGAUGACUGUACGAGAAGAGUGGACAGAUGAGGUUUUUGAUCAUGAAUUGCUGAGACAUACUUCAGUUAAUGAACUAGCGAUUGUUUUGCAACUGGCUGUCGUUUGUGCUAGCACAUUACCACAUCGACGGCCAGAUGUGCAGCAAGUUCUUCAGCAGCUGGAAGAGAUUAGUUCAGAAAUGGCCACAAGUUCUAGCGAUGAUGAUGAGCGUAGUCCUUCGUUAAGCUAG